AUGGCACCCACCAGUCCGCGCAAAUCCAUUGACAGUCUAGCCUCUGUCGCCUCGACACCAUCUCUAUCACAAUUCUCUCUAUCGCAGCUGGAAUCUCCACGCGCAGCCCCGCAGAGAUACCCCCUGAGGAGGGGAUCGACAGCAAGCUCAGUCGUGAGUAUUGGAGGGAUUUUAGAUACUUCCCAAAAUUAUGGCUCUAUCGCAGAGUCUGACCAGAAUGCGAUAUCUACGUUACUCCAACCCCCGAUAGUCCGUACUGGCUUGACGCCGCACACAGCCGUAUCUACCACUGGUUACAAAGCUCCGUCCUCUCGCGACAUCCCGCCCGUGACUCUGACAAACAUCCCACACGUUGACGCGAAAGCAUUCCAACCAUAUCUGUCACAAGUCGGCUCUCUAUACGAUGUAUUCCAGCAGUCGAAAGAGGGGGCUGCUGAAGAUGCCGCGGCACCAUCGGGCGUAAAAUCCCCAAGAAUGGAUGAAAUGGAUACCCUUAAGCCUUGGAGCCCAGAGCGCAGACCCUCAGCUAUAUCUCUCAACUCGCGACCGACGUCUCCCCAGGAUACCCGUGGUCGUCGUCCUUCCGCUGCUCGGGGUCGCGGGCCAACAGUGACACCCUUGUCCACAAUUCCCCCGGUCUACUUUGAGGAGGAUUUCCAUCUCGAAAACCCUCGGACUUUCGACAUCAUAUCGGAAAAAUCCGAGGUUGUCAGACCGCCACGACCACCGAACAAGGAUAACACGCAAGCCAAUGGAGGGGCACCAGAGCCCGCUCCUUCGGGCCGAAAAGCUCUGGCCACAAACGCAAUUCUGCAAGAGAAGCUCUCAUGGUAUAUGGACACUGUCGAGAUCCAUCUCAUCUCUUCAAUAUCUACGGCAUCGAAAUCAUUUUUCACCGCCUUGGGAUCGCUUCGAGAACUGCAUGCGGAGGCGGCAGACUCGGUGAAGAGAAUCCAGGUUCUUCGUAAAGAUCUGCAGAAGAUAGACAAGGAGAUGGCAUUGGGUGGCUUAAAAGUGGUCAAUUUACGGCGGCGGAGAGAAAAUGUCCGAAUGCUGGCAGCUGCUGUGGCCCAACUGCGCGAAGUCGUGGAAUCAGUCUCUCGGUGCGAGGAAUUGGUGGAGCAAGGAGAGAUUGAGAAUGCAUCGGUUGAGUUGGAACAGGUGGAGAAGAUGAUGGCUGGCGAGAAGGUUUCUAACCAGACCGGUGAUGGUAAGGAACACAAUCUACCAGAGAGGACUAUUGAUCUGAGGGGGUUGAAAGCUCUUGAUGGGGCUUCCGAAGACCUCGCCAUGCUGCGGCAGCGCAUUGGCAUGGGAUAUGAGACGAGAUUUUUGAACGAUCUCCUGGGGGAUUUGAGACAACAUGUCGGAAAUGUCGCAUCCAAUGCAACAUUGCAGCGAUGGGGAGCCUCUUUUCAACGGCAGCGUGGAAGCCAGCGUGCAAUCUCGACGACAUCCCCUGCUUACAUGAAUAUCGACAGCGCGCUGCGGUCCAGCCUGAACACACAGCUCAUGGGUCUCGCGCGGGCUCAUUACACAACUGCCGCGGCCACGUCGUUCAAGAUGGCUGUCUUACGAGAGAUGAAAGCUCUGAUUCGAAAACAUUUACCGAGUUCGAGCGACGAUGACAAUGAAUCUAUGGUCUCAGUAUCCACUCAUAACGACCGACAGCGCACGCAACAAGAAAAGUCAUCAGUCCUCGCACGCAAUCUGCGUGCUCUUGACCCAGAAGACGCUUACGUCAUGCUUGUCGGCGUUUACACCGGCAUCAGUGAAUGUCUCCGCCGGCUGAGCACCCAGGUCAAGAUUUUGUUAGAUCUUGCGAGCGGUCUCGGAAGCUCCCCAACGGCCGGUAUACGAUCACCCACCCAGAGUCCGCGGCCGCAGGAAUCGUCGACCGACCGAGAGCCCUCAGCCUCAGCUAUGGCACAAGAUGAGAUUCUGCAAGUGCUAGACAUGUCUAGCCUACUCGGCCAAGCAGUCGAUAUCGCACAGUCCCAAAUCACCAAAGUUUUGAAAGUUCGCUCUGAGCAAACGUCUCUCCUACCAAAAGAGGAAUUCUUAAAGUAUUUCACACUCAAUCGUCUCUUUGCUGACGAGUGCGAGGCUAUCUCAGGCCGGGGUGGCGCAGCGUUGAAGACGAUUGUGGGGAAUCAAAUCCGUGAAUUUAUCACGCGCUUUAGCGAAACUCAACGCCAGAACAUUGUGAAGGUCAUGGACUCUGAUCGCUGGGAUGCACGCGAUUUUGGGGAUGCCGAGGUGGCUGUGCUCACACGCAUUGUUCAUGCAAGCACCGAGGAUGUCGAGUCAUGGACAGAAGCUUCCAAGAUCUGGUCCACCGAUAGUGCGAAGGAAGAGAAGAUGACUGGGGAGAACGGGGGCGAUGCCAAUGGGGCUCCCAAGGACAAGACUCGCAGCGCAGUGCUUGAUGAGCAAAAAUACAUCUUACCUGACUCAGCUGUGGCCAUUAUGCGUAGCAUUGAGGAGUACGAAUAUUUGAUGGCAAAUAUUCCCAGCAUGAUUCAGGACAUUGCCCCGCAGUUGCUUGAAGUUUUGAAGCUUUUCAAUUCACGUUCUUCGCAGUUGAUCCUUGGCGCAGGUGCCACGCGAAGCGCGGGGCUGAAGAAUAUUACGACCAAGCAUUUGGCCCUUUCCUCGCAGGCCUUGAGCUUUGUGAUUGCUCUCGUUCCCUACGUUCGGGAAUUCGUGCGACGGCAUGGCCAGGCAAACCAGAUCAUGGCCGACUUUGACAAGGUCAAGCGACUGUGUCAGGAACACCAGUCGGGAAUUCACGAAAAACUGGUUGACAUCAUGACCUCACGAUCAUCGGUCCACGUUGCAGCAAUGAAGAAGAUCGAUUGGGACAACGAUACCUCCACUGGGGUUCAUCCGUAUAUGGAGACCCUUGCCAAAGAAACCGGUACCCUUCAUCGGGUCCUGAGCAAGCAUCUCCCUGAUAUGAGCGUGAAUAUGAUCAUGAUCCCUGUCUUCAACAACUAUCGUGAUCAGUGGACGAGAGCUUUUGAGGAAGCCAAGGUGGGAACGGAAGAGGGUAAGACGAGGAUGCACGCUGACAUUACUCACCUUCAAUCCAAACUGGCGAAGAUCGAGGGCGCAGGCUCGUUGGGCGACAAGUUACUUGGAAUCGUGAAUGCGAAGCAAGUGGCUCGGGUGAUUCCCAAGACGGAUGUCACUGAGAAGACAGAGGCUACGAGUGAGAAGCAAACUUCCGACCAGGGGGCUGAUUCCUCCAACUCUUGA